AUGGCUGGUCCAGGUGGUGGUCCCCCGCGCAAGAGCCAUACUAAGUCGCGCAAUGGUUGCAAGACAUGCAAGCGGAGACACAUUCGUUGUGAUGAGUCCUUCCCACAAUGUCGCAACUGUACCAAGCACAACUGUCGUUGUGAUUAUCAGGAUAUGGCAGCUACACAAGGCAGUUCCCCCUCAAGGCGGGGUCCCGAUCUACUAAUGUCGCCUGAAAUCGAAAUGGAGAUUGACAAGUGGCACCGAACUGGCAUUCCUCCUUAUCCUGAACUCAUGCAGUGUCCUCAGUCUGGAUGGUCUCAUCUAUCACGCGCGGAUUUGCGCCUGGUUCACCACAUCAUUGGGCUCUCGAUCGAUUUUCAUCGCCGCGGUCUUAGUGGUUGUACCGUUUGGGCACAGAAAAUGCCCAAUUUCCUUGCUAUUGCCCUAUCCAAUGAUUUCGUUAUGAGCGCCAUUUUGAGUUUAUCUGCUUUUCAUCUUGCCUUCCUUACUCGCGACCAGGAGACCAAGCAGUUGGCCUACCACCAUAAAGUCACUGCCCUACGAGGCCUUCAGACUGCUAUUGGUGCUUUCUCAAAGGAAAACUGUGAAGCUAUUCUGGCGGCUUCUAUCUUACUUUCAUGGCAAGCAACUGAGCGUCAAAGUUGGGUAUCAUUGCAACAGGGCAUCUCCUCCGUUCUUGAAUCGAUGCACCCAUUCUGGAAACAAGAAUCAGAGCUGGUUCAACUCGUCGAAAACCAACGCGCCUUAAGCGCAGGAUCCGAUUACUCACUUUCCAUCGAGGACGAUCUGCACCAACUCGAUCAAACCAUUCACGGGCUACAAAUCGCCCAGAAGCGAGUCUCACAUGACCCCGAAUAUGCGCAACGACUAGCAGAACUCGUCGACUACGUGCAACAAUUCAGAAAAGAUUACCCCAAGCAAACAUCCGACCAGGUCUUCGAGCGCAUCCAGAUCCUACGACGCUGGCUAUUCUGGCUCCCUGCAUCUAUGCUCCGAGGCGGCGACUCCGACAUCAACGCUUUAGCAGUCCUCUCGCAGUUCUUUGCCGUCGGCGUAGCACUCGACCACUUCUACCCCGAAAUGGGCGGCGCAUACCUUGGCGCUCUAUCCAUCGGCCCAAUCGAAGAAACAUACCGAAUUCUAGCAGCACACAGCGCCACAGAUCCAUACAACGCCGAACUCCGUCUCGCAAUGACUCUUAUGGAUCUACCCCGACGAGCCGUCGCACAUUACCGUAAUCGUCUGGCUUGGUCACCUCGUCCAUCCGUCGAGCACUACUCUCCCGGUCCUUCAAGCCCUUACCACAAUCAAGGUCUACACGAGUACCCUCUAGCCUCAUCUUCUUCGCCUGCAUCCGCUUCUCCUUCUUACGCUGCAUAUACCCCACCACUUCAGUCUCCACCCGCUGUGACUGUCGCUAGCUCGCCAUUCCAUCUAGAUGGAUAUAUCACAGCUGCUCCUUCGCAUACGCUCUACCCACCUUCCCCUCAACUUCUCGAUACACAUGACCCCACGCUCGGUCUGACUGAAUUGACGCAUUCUAAUAUGUUGCCCAGUUCCUCAGCAUACACACCUCCAUAUGGCACUGAGGCGCUCUGUGAUAUGCCUCGUCAGGAUGAGAUGAGUCUGAAUAUGGAUAUUUAUGCACAGGCUCAUCAUUACGAUAUCCCGGGUAUGGUUACUUCUGAGACUUGCUGGUCAUGA